ACCUUCUACUCAGAGUUAGUCCUCAUCCAGACCCUCUACCUUCACAAGAAGUGCAGACCACCAGCUCCUACUCUGAAAGCUCACCAUUUUCUAUCAGCGAGCAGUCAGUUUGGAGAAAAUGGCAGCGAUUCCAUCAAGCGGUUCUCUCAUCGCCACACACGACUACUACAGAAGACGCCUCGGGUCUAACUCCAGCAGCAGCUCUUGUGGCAGUGCUGAGUACAGUGGGGAGGUCAUUCCACACCAUCCAGCUCUUCCAAGGCAAGACUCUGGACACUGGUGGACUUCGUUUUUCUUUGCAAAGCAGAACCAGCUCGGCAUACAAAAUGGAUCUGACAAUCAGAAGAACAGAACCUACACGGUGACCGAUGGUCAAGUGACUUGCAUCGCCAAGGAAAUGGGUUUGAGUAGACAACCCAGUGAAAGCAACGAAAAUGGGAAAUUAGAACCCGCAUCCCCUCCACCGACGUCCUCCUAGGACCUGUCCCCCCACAGUGUCCUCCUAGGACCUGUCCCCCCACACCACCAAAAACUCCUUGGACCUGUUCCCGCUACCCAAACAACAUCCUCCUAGGACAUGUCCCCCCACCAACAUCCUCCUAGGACAUAUCCCCCACCAACGUCCUCCUGGGACAUAUCCCCCACCAACGUCCUCCUGGGACCUGUCCCCCACAGUGUCCUCACCCUCAUCUUGCCAUCUUUCUCAUAGUCCAGCAGUGGAGAUGUAGAUGAUGGCGGUAAUGAUGAUGGUGUUUUGUCUCCUUUAGUAAAUGUAGUUUGCUUGUCUGUUUGCCUGUAUAUAUUAUAUUUUUAUUACGACCAAAACUAAAAAAAACCUCAAGUAUGUAAAAAAAAAAAGUAUUUCAUGUAUUUCUUGUAAUGACUUAUCAUUUAUUAAUAACAAUAAAAUAGUUGUAGUCA